AUGGGCACCGGGAAGCGGUCGCUUCAAGCGUACGUUGAAGACUACGUCGAGGAGGAUGAGGAGGAUUCAGAUUCCGACGUCCCUCUGAGAGAAACGCAAGCGAAACGCCUUAGACGCUCCCAUGAACCAAAUCCACCUCGCGCCAUUUCUCCCUCACCAGUUCAGCCCUCGCAACCAGCACCGACGGCUCAAGCCCAGCCCGCAACUCAACCCAGCAUUACUGCGAUACGACCCGAGCGAACUCAAUGCCACGCCCAACGACCCAGACCGCGAGCCCGAGGCCCCUCAAUUCGUACUCAACUCCCUGCGACAGCGGUCAUCAACAGGGCAAGGCAAGCAUCUCAGAGCUUUGCGCCAGUCUCAGAACCCUUCCGACCUGCAGCUACUCCUACUACAAACACACUGCCUUUCGACGGGAUAGACUUGAAUCCUCCUCAGCCACGCUGGCCACCACUACCCGAGAACAACGACAUACCCGACGCCUUUUUAUUUUACGCUGAAGAGAUUCGCAUCGUCGUGAACAUGCUUUGCGGCACAUGCAUUGAUCGCGAAUUAUUCUUUGAACUCAUCCGAAAUUUAGACACCGCUCCAUCUACAAAGCCCGUCUGGACUAUCCCAGAUUUAUCAGAGCAGAAAGAGAUUGGGUUUCUCUGCGGUACGUCCCCAGUUCAUCAUCGUCGCCAUGUAUGA